AUGUCUAUUACCAGCAAUAACGCGACCAAUCCCUAUUCGAGCGUCAACGACCUCCUCAGCAAUGUCCGCAACUUCAAGAUCAUCGAGUCAACCCUGAGAGAGGGUGAACAAUUCGCCAAUUCGUACUUCUCAACCGAGACCAAGAUCAAGAUCGCCAAGAUGCUCGAUGAGUUCGGUGUCGACUAUAUAGAGCUCACGAACCCAGCUGCUAGCCCACAAUCUCGGGACGACUGCGCAGCUAUCUGCAAGCUCGGCCUCAAGGCAAAAAUUCUAACACACACAAGAUGUACCAUGGAAGAUGCUAAGCUUGCGUGUGACUGUGGAGUUGACGGCGUUGAUGUUGUUAUUGAAUUCCUUCGAGAGCAUUCACUGGGCGGCAAGAACAUGGCCGCUAUCACCAAACAGGCCAUUGAGGUCAUUGAGUAUAUCAAGAGGUCCGAGGAUGCGAAGUUCGUUUCUCAAGUGAAGAUUCUUUCCGGUAAGCUCCGCCUGCGUCUCACUACGCCCACUCCUCUCGUCGACCAGUCGAUAUCCCUUUCCCGAAAAGGCCCUGGCUUUGGGGAGUCAUGA